GUCUUCCGAGAUGUAAACAAGGAAGCUGUUUCUCUUCAUUUCACCCUAAAGGCAGUUUUGAUAGAAUUAUUGUAAGAGGAUUUAAAUUAACUAUUACUUUUGUUUCUUUACGACUGACAAACCGGAACACAGCGUAAAAAUACAACCUUAACGUUGCGUAAGACUGUACAUGCGAAUGUGUAUUCUUUUUAUAUGUUUUAUACUUAUGUUCCAUUUGGUGUAGUAUAUAUAGUAUAUAUUUUAAACACUUAAAUUGUACUUGAACACUGGCCAUUGACGUAUUGUGCUGACUGUACAAAAUUAAUAUUAAUUACUAGAUGGAAAUAUUCAAAAUGUCCGUGUGAUUAACUAAACACAACACUAAGCUAAUCAACAAACAAAUUCGCCAUGAGUAAGUCACAGGAAAUGGUCGCCCAAAUCGGACCUGAUUCGCUGCAGUGACACGACGAACUUGAGCCUUUAAUAUUCACCUCCCAGGAAAAACGUCACCAUAGACUUUACCAUGGGGAGGGGUAUACUGGUACACUUGUUGUUGUUGUGGGGCGGACUCUUGGCCGUGCGGGGGGACGUCUCAGAACUUGAUGGUCUCCGGGACCAACCCCCCAUCAGGAUCGGUGCGUUCAACAUCCAGAUCUUUGGAAAGAACAAGUUUAAUGACCCGGGCGUGGUGCCCGAACUCGUGAAGAUUUUAUCUCGGUAUGACAUCGUUUUGGUCCAAGAGAUUCGGGACUCCUCUGAAACCUAUAUACAUAAACUGGUAGAUGUGGUCAAUAACUCAACACGACAAGAUGAGCCGUUCAGCCUCGUUGUCAGUCAGCGUCUGGGACGGUCCACCAGCAAGGAACAGUACGCCUACCUUUACAGACAGAAGUACGUGAAUGUGAUGGACCAGUAUCAGUAUGAGGACACACAGGACAUCUUCGAGAGGCCGCCGUAUUCGGUCAAAUUCCAUUCCGAUGUAUUAGAAAUGCAUGAAUUUGGAAUUAUCGGACUUCACACAAAACCGGAUGCGGCGUUUACAGAAAUUGAUGCAUUGAACGUUGUGUACGACAAAGUCGAGAAGAGAUUUGGAACGCCAAACAUCCUGAUCGCCGGCGAUCUAAACGCAGACUGUUCCUACCUCAGCCGAACAAAGAUGUCCGCUCUCUCUAUCCGCCGGGACAGCAACUAUAGAUGGCUGAUCAACGACUCCCAGGACACCACGGUCGGCUCCACGGACUGUGCUUAUGACAGAUUCAUCGUGAAGAGGAACUCUUCGUGGCUGGAUAACAUCCUUCCAAACAGCGUCCAUGUUUUCAUAUAUGAUGAUGAGCUUCAGUUGACAGAGGAUUUGGCAGGGAGCAUCAGUGACCAUUACCCAAUAGAGCUGCAGCUUCGAGGAAAAUGCAGCCGUCUUGGUAACAGUUACUAUUCCAAGAGUACCACCCCUCUACUGACUGUUACGGUGGAGGACGAACGGGUGAUUCCGUCCACUGACAUAUCCUACAUCCGGCAUAUCUACCAGAAAACAGGCGAGAAAAUACCUACGUGGCAGGCACAAGUCUACAAAAUCGACACCCGGAUGAACUACGUCAUUGCUGCUAAAGCAAAUGUUGACGUCACCAAAGUGGUAGAAGAAUUUUUCCAAUUUUACGAAGCUUUUGACCGGAAGCUGCUAAGUUUAGAAUCCAUUGCUACAUUAAGGAAGAUUCUGGACGGGUUUCCGUGUUUCCGGGGUCCAUAUAUCUACUGCAUGGACCCACCAUCUCUUUCUGUCGUUGACCUUUCGGUCACGUGUUCUCUAGUUAACCCUCUGACCUGUAAGAUGGACGUGUCAAGACAUCUGUCUUAAAAAAGAUUCGGGUAUAGGCCUCGUCAAACCAAUUCUUGUUUCUGCAUUUGGUUUUGUUUCUGUUUUUGUUUUGUUAUUGUUCUGAUUCUGAUGAAGAUUUGAAUUUAAUUUAUUAAUUGAAAGUAUUUCCCUACAGUAUUCACUUAUUUGGGUGAUUUUUAAUUGAUUUAUCACUUACUUUUUUAUUAUAUAUACCAGUAUUUAUAUGGACUUUCAAGUAUUUGCAUAAGUUAUUGUUAGUUUCAUAUUGGAACUAAUCAUUUUAAAAUCUUAAUCUUUACAAUAUAAUCGUACAAGUUAUUUUGUGUUGAAAUACCUCAAAUAUUUAUAAGAUGAUAUGUAUAGUAAAAAAAUCAAUGAUGGACUCAAUGCUUUUUGGGAGGCAUUCUAGAUGGUAUUAUAAUUUAAAUAUAAUUAUUUAAAUUUCGUGUAAUUAUAGAACUUAGAUUUGUGUACUUGUCAAAUAUUAAAAUCUAUAAAUUAUCUUAAUGGUAUUACAGUAAGUUUUGCAUUGCAACGUGAAGAUUUCAAUCAGCAUGAACUAAUACUAAUGCUAUAUAGUAUUAUUGUCAAAAUCAUUAUAGUGGUUAUUUAGGGAGAGAGCGAUCUAAGUUACAGAACUUAUGCUCGAUUCCAAUUGUUUAUAUAUUAGUACAAUAAAAAUAUGUCCAAAUCA